CAUCCCUGCUCCAGAUUAUUCCGUUUCGGUGGCGGUGCUUAUUGGCACUAGUGGCAUUUUUCGCGCUGUCGCUCAUGCCAUCACAGCCUGCGUCCCAGCCAUCUCUGCUCCGGUCGACGUGAAGCAGUUUUCCUAUGGGCAAUCCAAUCCCACUUACAUUCUCAUCGAUCGAAAGUGAGUGCAGACUCUUGUCCGGAGUUCUGAAGCUGAGAUCCAAAGCGCUGGUCUUCAUGUUCUUUUGGUAUCUGUCACUCAGCGGAAAGCAUUAUGUUCUACGCAAGAAGCCCCCUGGGCAGCUAGUCUCUGCGACAGCUCACGCUGUCGAGCGUGAGUAUCGUAUACUCUUAGCGAUCGGAAAGCAUAAUCAAGCAGCCCCUAUUUAUGGGAACAUGCUGCAUCCAGAUGCAGUCCCUGUCCCAGAAGUCUACUGUCUCUGUGAAGACAACUCGGUACUCGGCACCCCUUUUUACAUUAUGGAGUUUUUGAAAGGCAGGAUCUUCAGCGACGUACGAAUGCUCAUGCUGCCAAAGGAGGAGCGUGCAGCGUGCUGGUUUGCUGCCAUUAAGACACUUGCUGCCAUGCAUCGGAUCAACCCCACAGCGAUCGGAUUGGACGGGUACGGCAAACUUGCCAACUUCUAUCAGCGUCAGCUCAAGAGCUUGGGCGGCGUCAGUGUGGCACAGGGCAAAGUCAAAGAUAAGAAGACGGGCAAACCUGUCGGACCGAUCCCGUCAUUCGAAGAUAUGGCCAAAUGGUUUGCACAGAACCUGCCCAAGGACAAAAACACCAUCUGCCACGGCGACUACAAGAUCGACAACAUUGUCUUCCAUCCGACCGAGCCACGCGUCAUUGGAAUUUUGGACUGGGAGCUUUCCACAUUGGGCCACCCUCUAUCAGAUCUGGCCAACCUACUACAGCCAUUCUCACUGCCAUGCUCAACCCCUUCCAAGGUCUCGGACCCAGAUGAAUUGGAGCGAUCAAGGCAGCGCGGCGACUUCUGGCUCAUGCUUGGCAACCUCACACCCGCUCAGUCACCUGUACCCGUUAAAGAGGAGCUGCUGAAAGAGUACUGUGAGGCAGCUCGCUGUGAAUAUCCUAUCCCCAACUGGACAUUCUGCGAAGCAUGGGCCUGGUUCCGCCUCGCCGUCAUCGCGCAAGGAAUCGCGGCUCGCUCGGCUGCGGGGCAAGCGAGCAGUGCAAAAGCCAAGGAGUACGGGAGCAUGUUCCCUAUCGUUGCUGACGGCGCGUUGAAGAUCAUAAAGGCGAGCACUGGUGCUGUGAAAGCAAAGUUGUGAUCGAAGGAGAAAAUAUAGGAUGGGGAGCGCCGUCCCUUUGCAAUGUCGAUGACAUUGUCAUCUCAUCUCCUAGCGAGACCUAACCGCUGAAAACUGUGACUGGCAUGAUGACGAACCGCUUAUUCCUCCUGGUGUGCUGCGCGAUAGCUGGGGCCGGGUGGGUCAUACAUAGCCUAUGGGCUGUGGCGUAACUUUGAAUACAAAUACAAUCCCUUUUGUGACUAUAACACCGUUAACAUA